UAGUUUAUCGCAUUUCAUUUUGUGGUCGUGGUGUAACCUUACGCAUGUUCGUAUUUUCUCAGUUGUUAUGGUUAAAUGUUAGCUGCUCAGAUUUGAAGUCAGUAUAUUAAUCUUCCAGAAAAAACGCAAUCGCUGUAUAAAUUAAGAAAAUAAUAAUUAAAUUCCAUAAUGGAAGUAUCAGGGAAUAAUCGAUAUGAAUUAUUAUUCAUGGACGACGAUGGAAGCGCUCCUGCACCGGCAAAGACUGAACCAAAAAAGAAACAGGCACAGCAAAACGCGGAUCCAUCGGCAGCUGCUGCCAAAAAAACGGUGACGAAAAAAAGCAAUGUUGUAGCAGAAAAAGAAAACAAAUCUAGUGCAUUAAAUAAGAAUACGGUUGGAAAGAGUGUUGUCCCUAAUAAUCAAAAUGCAAAACCGAAACAAAACCCAAACCCUGCAGGAGGUAGAAAUAAAAAUGCUAGUGCAAAUGAAGAUGGCGGUCGCAGUGUCACCUUUAGACCACAAAACGGCGAGGCGCGAGAACAACGGAAUAACCGGCGGAACAACAACAGCAACAGAGAAGGUGGCUAUGGAAAUACAGGAGGCAAUGAAUACGGCAAUGAUCAACGUCCCCCCCGCCAGUUCAGAGAUCGUGAAAAUAGAGGGCCACCACGCAAUCGGACAAAUGGUGAAGGUGGAUACAGAAAGCGGGAAUUCGAUCGUCAAUCUGGCUCCGAUAAGACUGGUGUGAAAGCUGUUGAUAAACGUGAUGGUGCUGGUGCUCAUAACUGGGGUUCAGUUCAACAGGAAAUUAAGGAUUUGAACAAGUCGACCUCGGAUGGUGAUGCUGCUUUAACGGAUAAAGAGGAAUCUGCUAAUGACCAAUCAGCUGAACUUGCAAAUGUUCCGGAAGAAGAAGAAGCCAAAGAAAUGACGUUAGAUGAAUGGAAGGCAUCUCGUAAGGAACGCGCCAAGCCACAAUUUAAUUUACGUAAAGCUGGUGAAGGCGAGGAUACAUCUCAAUGGAAGAAAAUGGUUGUAUUGACUAAGAAAAAAGAAGGCGAUAGUGAGGAAGAGUUUGAAUAUGAUCCAUCUAUGUAUCCUCAACGUGUUGGACGCUUGCAACGUAUUGUAGAUAUACAAUUCAAUUUUAAUGACAAUCGUCGCCGUCGUGGACCUAGGCCAGGAGGCGAUAGACCUCGGUUCGAAGGUGGUCGCCCUGGUCCAACAGGAGAGAACAAUCGUCCUCGCAAUUUUGGUGAGAGACAACGUGGAGGUGCUCAUGCUCCCAAAGUAGAUGAUGAGCGCCAAUUCCCCACUUUAAGUUAAGCAUUUCUCAACUUUAAAUUACCCACCAUUUGUUUAAUUUAACACUUUUCAUCUUUUCAUUUUUAUUACUUUUUAAUUAAUGAGUACUAAAUUUGUUAAUUUUAAUCAUGAAAUUAAAAAUUUCGUAGUUACAUGAGUCCAUAGCAAUUGAGACCGACCGUAAGUCACUUAUAUUUCGCAACAAUUGCCUGGCUCCUGUACACGAGUUGUGUAACUUUUAAGUUAAACUGAGUAACUAAGUGGAAUAGCCGCCACUAAAAUAAAGCAUUGUUUAUAAAUAAUGAAUUAUAUUAUUCAUAAUAAUAACCUUUUUGUAAUUAAAAAUUAUGGACGUUUAUUGAA